UUUCUUCGUUAAACUAGACAUACCGGUACCCAAUUCCAGCAACCGUUCCUGAUACGUUUUAGCCUCCAGACAAAAGUAUCUUUCUUUGCAAGAUAUUUUUUUCCCUGUUAGGAAAAUGGUUACAUUCUCAGCUGUGGUGCAGGACGGUCAGUUUCGGGACAAAGUCCAAACUUUACCCCCUCAAACUCUUAUCCCAACCAUCACCCCUUUGGCGUCCCAGGAUUAAAAGCAGGGGGCGCCCGGGGGCGCCCUCUUGCAAGAGCCUCCUGUUUGCCCAGCUCAGCAGGAAGCAGCCCUCAGGAUGGCGGAGGAGCCGAGCGGAGUUGGGCGAGAAGAGUCCCAGGAGGGAGAACGGCUCCGUUCCCUGCAGGCCCCAAAAUCUGGCGGAAACCCUUCCGGGGAGGGAGGCGCGUCUGCCCGGCUGCAGCUGCGCGGCUGGCCUGGGAAGGCGGAGCGCGGAUCCUCGUCCUGCGCGCCUCUCUUUUGGGGAUCGCGGGCUCGGUCCUCAAGGGCCGGCGCGGGGGAAACUCCGCCCUGGCAAGGAUCCGACCGGCCCCUGCGACUCAUCCUUGCCCCUUGAUGAGACGCUUCCAAAAGGGCCAGGACUUUUGAAGAAGCGUCUUUGGGGGGUGGAAAAACAACCCCUCUGGAAUACAAGGUGGAGAGGAGGGAGGUGCAGCUUGCUGGGAAGGCAACUGGCGUUGGAGCAGCUGUGAGGAAGGCGUUGCACGAAUCCUGCCCUGCGCGCCUCUUCUUGGAGGACAGAGUCCCAGGCCCAGGGGCAGAGUAGGGAGUUGCCACGGAUAUAGCUGUGUUUUUCUCCAUGGAGGAAGGGGCCCUGGUGGAUGCUGAGGAAAAAGCCCUGCACCGAGAGGUCAUGCUGGAAAACACAAAGAAUAUGGCCUCCUUAGGUGGUGAUGUGAAGAUAGAGGGUUCUAGCCAAGCAGUGGCAACACCUUUUCUAACAGCCAAAAAGGAAGAUGCGGAAAAGAUGAGUGAAAAGGAAAGGCUUGGGGGAAAGGAGGAGCUGAAGAAAUACUCUAGUUUCCAGUGUGCAGAUAUCGGCUCUUUCUUGCACAGUGAUGAUCCCCAAGAAAAAGGAGCAUGUCCAGGGUGCGGGAAAAUACCCAGAGAUGAAUUGGGAUUAUGUGAUUGUGUAGAGAAACAAAGUGAAAGCGGGGAAUGCUCGAGAAGGACCCUUCCUCUUACUUUUCAUCAGAAAAUACAAGAGGGAGAGAAACUGUACAAAUGCACGGAGUAUGUGGAAAACUUUGGUACAAGCCAUUCCUUCACAUCCCAUAAAAACAUUCCCAAAACAGGGGCUCCAUACAAAUGCCUGGAAUUUGGAGAAAACAUCAGUCAGAAAAGUCACCUGAAUUCCCAUCAGAGGAUCCACAAAGGGAGGAAGCGGCAUCAAUGCAUCACCUGCGGAAAGAGCUUCGGAAGGAGCACCUCUCUAACUUCCCAUCAAUGCAUCCACAGCAAGGAGAAGUAUCAAUUCAGGGAGGGUAGAAUGAAGCUUACCCAGAGCCAGGAACAGAAUUCCUGGAAAAAAAAACCCACUGGGAAUGAUUCAUGUAAAUGCCUGGAAUGUGGGAAGAGCUUCCGUUCUGCAACUCACCUCACUUAUCAUAAUAGGAUCCAUUCUGGGGAAAAACCAUAUCAUUGCACAGUGUGUGGAAAGAGCUUCACCCAAAAUGGCAAUUUCAAUUUACAUAAGAGGAUCCAUACCGGAGAGAAGCCGUAUAAAUGCACAGAGUGUGGAAAAUGCUUCAAGACCCGUGGUGCCCUUACUUCUCAUAAGACAAUUCACACGGGGGAGAAACCCUAUGAAUGCCUGGAGUGUGGGAAAAGCUUUGCCAGAAGCGGUACUCUAACCUUACAUAACAGGAUCCAUAAAGGGGAGAAACCUUAUAAAUGCCUGCACUGUGGAAACAGCUUUAGUCAAAAAGUGCAUCUUCAGUCACACGAGAGGAUCCACACAGGGGAAAAACCAUUUCAAUGCAUGGAGUGUGGAAAGAGCUUCCGUGCCUCAGAAAAACUUACUGCCCAUCGCAGAAGCCACACGGGGGAAAAGCCCUUUCAAUGCCUGCAAUGUGGAAAGCGCUUUGCCAGUUCCGGUGGCUUUUAUGCCCACGAACGGAUCCACACAGGGGAGAAACCGUACAAAUGCCUGGAGUGUGGAAAGAGCUUCCGCAAAUCCAGCCACCUAACUUCCCAUAACAAUAUCCACACUGGAGAGAAACCAUAUCAAUGUUCCGAAUGUGGAAAGUGCUUUAAUCAAACAAGUAACCUUAAUAAACAUAAAAGGAUCCACACAGGGGAAAAGCCUUAUAAGUGCACCGAAUGUGACAAAUGCUUCACUGGCUCGGGGGCCCUUGUUUGCCACAAAAUGACCCACACCGGAGAGAAACCAUACGAAUGCAAGGAAUGUGGAAAAAGCUUCGGUCUAAAAAGAACUUUAAUAAUACAUUACAGAAUCCACACUGGGGAGAAACCAUACAAAUGCACAGCGUGUGGAAAGAGCUUCAGUGAUCCUCAAGAACUUGUUUCCCAUGAAAGGAUCCACACUGGGGAAAAACCCUAUAAGUGUGUGGUGUGUGGAAGGGGCUUUAGGACCUCCCGUGACUGUGGUUCCCACAAGCGGACCCACACAGGUGAAAAGCCAUACCAAUGUGGGGAGUGUGGAAAAUGCUUUAGUCAAAAUUCCUCCCUUCAUAUCCAUAGAAGAAUUCACUCAGGAGAGAAACCAUAUAAGUGUAUGGAGUGUGGAAAAUGCUACAGUCGUAGUGGUGCUUUUAAUUACCAUAGGAGGACACAUACUGGUGAGAAACCAGAUAAAAGAGUUGAACGUAGAAAAAUAAUUAGUUAGAAUCAGUCACGUAAAAUCGGUAGAAAGAUUCAUUCACCGAAGACGCCAUUAAAUGUAUCAAGCGUGGAAAGAGCUUUUUUAAAAAUAAAAUAAAACAAAACUUUA